AUGGUUGGUACGAACUCCGGAGGUGCUAGUGGCGAGAUGGAUAGAAGUAGAGAGGCUGGAGAUCAAGGGGGAGUUGCUGGUGGAGGAGUGGGGACUCACCAACAAGCCAACCCUACGCUACCUACUUCUUCUACACCAUCUCCUACUACCGUGGAUCCUGUGAAAGCUUUCUCUAUUGAGAAAUUCAUGGGGGAGGACUACGAGCACUGGAGUUUUCGCAUGAGGCUGAUGUAUACCCAAUACAAGCUAUUGGAUUUGGUGGAGGGAAAGGAGAAGAUGCCGGAGGCCGUGGAGCUGAAAGGAGCUUGGAUGAAGCGAUCGUUCGACGCGUACAUGCUCAUGGUGCAAGCGGUGGGCGGACGGCAACUUGACCACAUCAAGGACCUCUUGGCAAUCAACCUCAACUCCCAACAACCCCUAUGGAGCGUGGAUUACAUUCGCGCGCGCAUCCUAGAGGAGGACUUGCGGCGGCGGAGUGUGGAGCGCUCGGAGGAGGGGGCUGGCUAUGGAGUUGGAGGUGGAAAGAGUGGCUUCAAGAAGAAGUGGAAGGGCAAGAACAAGGAUAACCCUAAGGAGGAUGGCGGCGGGGGUCUAGGGGAGGUGUGCUUCUACUGCAAGAAGCGCGGACAUCGUUGGCGGAAGUGCUACCAACGACCCAAGGAUUGGACCCCGCCUUCAUCAAGCAACCAGCGUGGUGGCACAAGGAGUGGGGGAGUAAUGGGAGCUAGUGGAGAGGAGAAGGAUGAGGAGAAAGGCGGCAAAUUUGAGGAGCGGAAGGCCGGGUUUUUCUUCUUCGUGAACGAAGGCGCAACCGACCACGCUAUGGCUGCCAAGCUGCACCUUGAGGAUCUCCCUGGGUCAGAGCUGACCAGUGAUCACAGUGGCGGUGGUGAGCAGCAAGGCGCUGGUCCUGCUGCGGAGGAGGGGUUGGAGGAUGAGUCGGCACGUGUGGACUCACCUUCUCAGCCCGAGCCUGGUGCAAACGCCAAGGUCACCAAGAGGAGUGUGCAGAAAGGAGCUUCACCACAUGGGCAGCAGAUUGCAACCCGUGAGAAGAGAGUGGCAGCAGCACCCUCAAGGCUGAAUCCGUUAGUCUGA